GUGAGAGGAGGAAGGGGAGCAGGAAGGGUUGCGAGUGAAGCAAAAGGGAGAGAGACCGCUCCGGAGAGGGCAAGGGGUGCCUGUGCAUCCGCCUCUUCCCCAGCUCUCCGUGGCCCGGCCACCGUACCUCACGGCCAGGUGACAGCUGGGACCGGCCCGCGUGCGCUGGCUGGGGCGCGAGCAUCGCGCAGCGCCCCUCCCCCUCGUCCCGUCCGUCCCGUCGCGUCCAGUCCCGAGCCGUCGUACUGAGGGUGCCGCCGGCUGGGCGCCGAUGCGAAUCGUCCGUAGCGGGAGCAGUUCUUGACUCUCCCUUUCCGCUGCCUUCCCCACCCUAUCGCGGGGCCGGCCGCUGCUCCGGCCCCAGGAUGCAGAAUGUGAUUAACACGGUGAAGGGAAAGGCACUGGAAGUGGCUGAGUACCUGACCCCGGUCCUUAAGGAAUCGAAAUUUAAGGAAACAGGUGUAAUCACCCCAGAAGAGUUUGUGGCAGCUGGAGAUCACUUAGUCCACCACUGCCCAACAUGGCAAUGGGCUACAGGGGAAGAAUCAAAAGUGAAGGCAUAUCUACCAACGGGCAAACAAUUUUUGGUAACCAAAAAUGUGCCAUGCUACAAACGCUGCAAACAGAUGGAAUAUUCAGAUGAAUUGGAAGCUAUAAUUGAAGAAGAUGAUGGUGAUGGAGGAUGGGUAGAUACCUAUCACAACACAGGUAUCACAGGAAUAACUGAAGCAGUUAAGGAGAUUACAUUGGAAAACAAGGACAGUAUAAAACUCCAAGAUUGCUCAGCACUGUGUGAAGAUGAAGAAGAGGAAGAUGAAGGAGAAGCUGCAGACAUGGAAGAAUAUGAAGAAAGUGGAUUGCUGGAAACAGAUGAGGCUACACUAGAUACAAGGAAAAUAGUAGAAGCUUGUAAAACUAAAACUGAUGCAGGAGGUGAAGAUGCUAUUUUACAGACCAGAACUUACGACUUAUACAUCACUUAUGAUAAAUAUUACCAGACCCCACGCCUGUGGUUGUUUGGCUAUGAUGAGCAACGGCAGCCUUUAACUGUUGAGCACAUGUAUGAAGACAUCAGUCAAGAUCAUGUGAAGAAAACAGUGACCAUUGAAAAUCACCCUCAUCUCCCACCACCUCCUAUGUGUUCUGUUCACCCAUGCAGGCAUGCUGAAGUGAUGAAGAAAAUCAUUGAGACAGUUGCAGAAGGAGGGGGAGAGCUUGGUGUUCAUAUGUAUCUUCUAAUUUUUUUGAAAUUUGUACAAGCUGUCAUUCCAACAAUAGAGUAUGACUACACAAGACAUUUCACAAUGUAACGAAGAGAACAUAGAACCUCUCCUAAUUACUGAUUCUGAUUUUUAAAGAAUUAAUCCAUAGAUGUGACCAUUUACCAAUAUGUAUAAUUUCUCUAAUAAAGGGAGUUAUAUGUUUAUGCAUUAAAUAAAAAGUUCCACUACUA